UUGACUAAGAAGAGGGCGGACGCACUACAUAGACCCUUACUUACUGAUCGAACUCUAAAUUACCGAUUUCUUUAUCGAGGAACCACUAGAGGGUUAAUAAAUAAAAAUUAUAUUUUUUUUAACUUCCUCUAUUUCAAAACUGAAUAUAUUUGUUGUGACAAAAAAAAUUGAUUAUUUUAAUCAUGAAAUAUUUUACUAUUCUUAAUAAUUUACAAAAACUCUUCUGUAAAAAGAAAAUUAUAAAAAUUCUUUUGUAAAAAAAUUACAAAAAUUGUAUACCAAUUCCUUUGUUUUGAUAAUUUGAUUUGAUGGCGUCGAGUUUUGAUCGAUGGGAAAAAGAUCCUUUCUUUAACGCCGCUGAAGAAGUUCAGGAAUCUGCAGACAGGGUAGAAUAUAUAUAUAGGACAUGGAUUCAUGCAAUCAAAGAUGACUCUAGCCCUUGGAACCCAGAUGAACUUCUAAGAGAUCUUCAUACUGCCCUUGACACCGCUAAAUGGCAGUUAGAGGAAUUUCAACGUGCAGUCAGGUCAAGUUAUAGCAAAAGGUCGGGCGAUGAUGCUAGAAAUAGACACCAAGAUUUCAUUGUUGCUAUUGAUGGCAAGAUUUCAAAAGUGGGGCAUUUGUUACAACUGCAAGAAUCUGUUCCUUUGGGUAGCAAGGUGUCCAUGCCUUGGGUGUCGCUGGAUGAAGGAGAGCGAAAUGAGCUUGCAUCGUUUCUUUCAGGGAUGCCGUUGCCUCCGGAUGGUGGCAAACCCUCCCUUAAAUGUAUCGAUAGAGGUAGUGAAAAUCAACAAUUAAGUGAUAUAGAUUCAUUUAGAGAAGCAGUGGAGGAGAAACAACAAGGACAUCGUAGGGUGGCUAGUGCUAAUGUUGAUACUGGUUCUUGGAAAAUUGCUGUUUCGGAUAACAUGCAACAAUCAACUUCCUCUAAUGACUCUUCUGGUCCUGUGCAUAAGGCUCCUAUGCAUAAAGUAGCAAGCCUCUCUGGGUUUUUUAGUUCCGUGGAAUCCAUCUCUAAGUUUAAGUGGCCUAAGAAUGGUUAUAAGAAGCUUAAAGCAAUGAAUCAUCAUCAAGAAACUGAUAAUCCACUACUACCGUCAACUGAAUUCAAUGAGGCCAUCAAUGCUUGCACUGAUGAAUGCUAUGGUAAGCCACUCCACGGGUGGUAUGGGGCUUUCCUAAGACAAGUUCAAAGAUCUCAAUACAAAAUGCAAUACAACCGGCCCGUUCAAGUAACAGUAUGGAUUGUCAUUAUUCUUUGCUUCAUUGUUUUGAUUGCAUUUUGCACAAUGUAGAUAGAAAGAUGCAGAUACAUCAUAUAUCGGUUUUUGGUUGGCACCAAAUAAGGACAUACAAACAGUCAAGAAUCUUCCAAUAGAAGUUUGUAUUAUCUACACUGCCGCUUAAGCCAGCGAGAGAGGUUUUUUAUGGUUCUCGCUAGCAUACUCAAGUGUCAGUAUAUCACACGGAAAGCCUUGUUUGACCCAUUGAUGUCCCACUUCUUUAGUCUCUCUUCUUUUGGGGUCCUUUAUUGUAUGUAUUUUCUCUUCAUGUUCUCAUGAAUUGUAUAAUAUACUAUAGUGGAUCAACCUACUAACUGUUGUAAUGUAUACUAUGUUUUCUUUGAUGUGAGAUUUGUAUAUAAUAUAACAAAGUUUAUUCUUUGUUUAUUCUUU